AGAUGAUGAAAAGUAAAAAAUUGAUUAGCUCUUGAUGAGUGAAGAGGACACUCUUAAACUUUGUAGAAAUUAAAAUAUUAAGAUUAUUAAAAUGAUUCCUGUCAGAGCGGAUUCCUACUACAGAUGCAUUUAGGCAAAACUUUGGCUAUAAAAGGGGAGAAAUAUGCCGGCAUCAAUAUCCGGGAAACUUACUUCAGAUACCACACACUUUUUUCUCAGUAUGGGCUCAACGGCACCUCGGGGGCCUUUCAGCCGAUCAUAUCAUGCUGUCAGAGCCGGUGGACAAGUCAGUUUUAAUAAAUUGAACAAACGCUCGAGUAACUCGAGCGCAUUGGUCACGUAAUCACGUAAGCUGGAACCCCUGGUUAAAAUUAAGUAUAAAAUCGGUUGGAAAAAACAAAUAACCACACGAAUUCGGAGAUAGAAAGAAUCGAAUGACACUUUGCUAAUUGGUAUGAAGAAAUCUAAAAGCAUCCUUAAGAAAUACGGAGAUCAAAGAAACCAUGAAGUUACCGGUCCCAGGAACAUUACGAGCAGCAUUUGCACCGACAUGUACAUUGAACUUGAUCUUCGGAAUCGAUGUUCUCUACUAUCCCAAGGACAAACCCCGACCAUUGUUAUCAGUUAUUUGGGCCCUACUGACUCUAAUGAUGGACGUGGUACUGCUGAAGAUGGCAAAUUUCCCAGAGUUGAAGGUGUUCAUGGGGUCCACAAUCGCAGCAACGAACUAUCGCCUGAACGCUUACAUCCACACUAUUUUUAUCGCCGUCUCUAUGUUUACGUCGCAGUUUAAGUCACAGGCUACCAGAAACACCUUUCGCAAGAUAAUCUCUAUCAACGCUAAGCUGAAGACACUGGGAAUAUCGUAUGAUUACGAAUCAGUGUACAAAACUCAAAUCAUUGAGCUGGUAAUUGGUUUCACCUACAUGACCAUCCUUCAAAUUGUCGAUUUUCUCUUCGUCGGUCUCGAUUACCCCAACGAGUCUGCCCGCACUAGUUUCCUGUUGGGUACACAUCAUCAUAUGUUCUUCACUUUCAUAUUUGACUUCACCUACAAUACCAGCAUCAGAUACUUUUGCAACAGAUUUCGGCGCUUGAAUUCACUUCUUGUGGAAUUGGAAUUACAAAGAAAGAGCAGAAUGCAACCCAGCCAAGAAUCGGUCAGUUCAUUUUCGCGCCGUAACUCCUUGGUUUCCAACGAAAUUCAAGGAAGUGCAGUAUCGAACAGACUCAUGGAUAACCAGCGGCUACUCCAUAUCGCCAAAGUAGUAAGAAAAUUACACGGAGAUCUCUGCACAACGGCGAUGGAACUGAGCCGAAUUUUCGGUUUUCAGGUUUUCAUUUCAAUCGCUUUGUCCUUCGGUGUAUCAAUAGCAAUUUUAUACACAGGUUACACUCUCGCUGCGGACUCACCGUCGAGUUCGAUGCUCGACGACGUGAUGCUAAAGAUUACAGCUGUACUGUGGAUUGGAUUUUAUAUUAUGAAAAUUACUUGGCUUGUAAUUGGUUGUACAGCUACAACUCGCGAGGCAAAAAAAACUGGGGAAUUGAUCAAGAACAUUCUGGAAUCAGCUGCAAUAUACAAUAAAGAUAUUCGUGAUGAGAUCUACGUUCUAACUCUUCAGCUGAUGCAAAAUCCUCUAUGUUUUACUGCCCAGGGAUUUUUCACCUUAGAUUAUACGCUGCUUUCUAAGAUGAUUGGAUCUGUGGCAACUUUUCUCAUCCUCAUGAUACAGAUGCGAAGUAUUUACGAGCUGAAUAACGUUCGAGUCAAUUCAACCCACUCCAUGUUGUUAGCAGCGAAUCGUACGGCUUGAAAGAGACGCGCCG